UCCCCUCUUAACUGUGAGGUAUGCAACACUCGAGGCUUCACCAGAACAGAGGAGAAUAAAGUGACUGCUGAAGAACAACCGCUCGUCUGCGUCUGAGCCCGCGUUGCCAUGGCUUUCUGGGGCAGGGACUCGCUGCUGCUGGCGGUUCCUCUGUGGAUGAGUUUCGGCAGAGCCGCUGCCCUCAGGGAACCGGAGAUCUGUUAUGUGUUGGAUGGCAUCCUGUUUUUGUACGGCAUCAUCCUGACCGCCCUGUACUGCAGAAUCAAGCUCAUGAAUGCCAGAGAGGCAGACGGUGGGAAGAUGAAGCCCAAAAAGAAUCCGGAAGAGGGCAUAUACACGGGUCUGACUCCUCAUGCCCAGGACACAUACGAAACUAUCGGCAUGAAGAAGUGAUGCGGCCAAAGUCCACUUUUCUUUGAUAUAUCUUAUUUUUCUAUGUUUGAAUAUCGCUUAUUGUACCUUUUGUAGACCACAGUUUAUUCUGCCUUUUGCUAAUGUAAAAUCUACUGCAGAGAUAAAACAGGAAAGGGGAAGCAAGAGUCUCAAAAAUGAUGUUUCGUAUCAUGUUCUCUGGUCUAAACUGCUGACUGCCACCCUGCUGCAGAAGCUUCCUCUUUUAAAGCACUUGUUUUUGUCAGAAUGUGUGAAUAUGA